AUGGGGUGCAGCCAAGCGAAGCUUCGAGAAGGACCACCAUCUUCACAAUACCCACGCACUGGUGGUCAGGGGCUUCGACAGGUAAACUCCCAACAACAACGAACACAACCACAAACACUGCAGUCUCAAUCUCAGUUGCAGAAACAACAACAACAACAACAGCAAAAGAAGAAACAGAAUGCGACACAAGGCGUAGAAACUUCAAACAUAAGUGAGUCCAGAAGUAUUGACUCUGCGGCCCCUCACUUUUCCCUUAGGGAAGGACAUGUAACCACCCCCUCAACUAGUCCAAUGGAGACACUCCCAAGAUUCAAGGAAAUACCCGCACGAACAUCAGGAACUCCACGUUUGGCAUCAUUAUCAUCAUCGUUUUCGGCGUUAGUGGCAUCUGGAUCCGCAUCCAUAUCCGUAUCCGCCUCAGCACCACCACAAGCAUCCACCACCACAGCAGCAACCAACAACACCGUAGCAGUGCCAACACCACCAACAACAGCCACAACAGCCACACCAGCUACUAGAGAAACCGUACUAGUACCACCAAUACAAACACCGCAGGCAGCAACAGCAACGGCAACAAUAACAGGAACUACACCAACGCAAAAAGCACCUUCACCUUCACCAGCAGCUGGUACAGGCGCAACGAAUCAGGGUUCAUUUGUAUUAGCCGCGAUGGCACAAAUCCGAGGUGAUCGUCCCCCAGUAUCUGCUCGCAGUGAUCACACAGCAUCUCCACGGCGGUAUAAAAUGAAUGCUCCCCGCACAGAGAGUGAUGACAUUGUCUCUAUAUGUGUCUCUAGCACAAGUGCCUCUUCAUUGCAGUACUUCCUGCAGAGUCGUGCCAGCGGCACCAAUGCGGCACUACACAGUUCCUCACGAACCCCACGUCUGCGGCACGGGAUGCUCUCCGUCACCAUCUCACCCCUCUCUUCCACCUUCGUUACCCCACGAAUGCCCGCUGGGGUGUCUGGUUCAGGGGCAGCUGCAAAAACACCACCAACAACAACAACAGCAGCAACAACAACAAAUACGACCGUGGCAGCGGCUAAUGCUGGUAUGGCUCGUCCUGUUCUCCGUGCAGAAGGUUCCACUGCUGGGGUGAACGCUUCGGCUAGUAGGAGGGAAUCAUCCAUUAGCAAGAGCUCCACCCUUGGGGUAUCCUCCAACAGUAAUACUGGGACUGGAGAUCAAAAGAACUCAAAAGAUACAUCAGUGAAAAAGACAGAAUGGGUUCCAUUUUCACGCACAAACUCACGCCAUAGCAGUCGAAACGACCUGCAUAAGCAAGAGGUAAAGAAAGUAUCCAGUAGCGCCAACAACACCCCUCACCCUCACAGUCUCACUCCUACUCCUGCCACCAAUCAUACCCAAGUUAAUAAUAAUAGUAAUAAUAAUAAUGUUACCAAUAAAAAUAGUAAUAUUACCAAUAAAGAUAAUAAUUACAGUAACAACACAGUGGCUGUUAGUUCCAAGAAAGCAGAAGGUACAGUGGAAAAGAAAGGAAAGGACUGGGUACCCUUUUCCCGUACCAACUCACGUGGCAGCCGAAGCCAUAUAAAUAAAGAUGGUUUAGUGGAGACUGUACACCACAACAGUUCAGUAGAAGUACAUGAUAAGAAGGAAGAGCAUGGAGGUAGAAAAGAACGCGGUCCAUCCUCAAACACACGAUCCAGCGGUGGAAGUAUGGGAAAUGCGGCUAAUAAUACCACUGGCGAUGCGGUAGGUACUAGUGUUGGGAGUUACACUCACACAAAAAGUCCACAGAAAGCAUCUAAUACCAGACGGGGCAUGAUAUCUACCACUGAGCAAGCAGGGGUAAAUCCAAUUUCAAUGGACAUGCUUAGUUGUUCAGUCUCUUCAUCUUCUUCCACUGUGUCGUCUAAUACGUCAUCGGUGAAGGGUGGGGCCGCUUGCAAUAAAGGCAACAAUAUCAAUAUCAAUAUCAACAACAUUCGUGCACCAUUGAGUAGUGAAAGUGAUAGUGAAAGUGGGGGCAAUGGCAAGAACGACUCUAAUGUUCUUGAGGAGAAGCCGGAGGUCACAGUGCCUGUGAUUGAGCGAUUCAUAGAUGCGAUUCGAGGACUGAGUGCUAGGGAUUCGUAG